CCCCUCCCCCUUCGGGGGUGGGGGUGGGGCGGGGGAGAGGGGCGCCCGGAGAGCGCAUCUAUUGGCAGCUUUGUUAUUGAUCAGAAAGUGCUCGCCGCCGACUUGGCUUCGGGCUGGCUUCGCUCGACCCUGGAGUUUUCGCCUCUGUCCUGUCCCCCGAACUGACAGGUGCUCCCAGCAACUUGCUGGUGACUUCUCGCCGCUCCCCCGGCUCCCCCGCGUCCCCACCCCCUCUUUCCUCCCUCGCCUUCACCCCCACCCCCACCACUUCGGCACAGCUCAGGAUUUGUUUAAACCUUGGGAAACUGGUUCAGGUCCAGGUUUUGCUUUGAUCCUUUUCAAAAACUGGAGACACAGAAGAGGACUCUAGGAAAAAGUUUUGGAUGGGAUUAUGUGGAAACUACCCUGCGAUUCCUUGCUGCCAGAGCAGGCUCGGCGCUUCCACCCCAGUGCAGCCUUCCCCUGGCGGUGGUGAAAGAGACUCAGGAGUAGCUGCUUCCAAAGUGCCCGCCGUGAGUGAGUUCUCGCCCCAGUCAGCCAAAUGCUCCUCUUCGGGCUUCUCCUGCUGACAUCUGCCCUGGCCGGCCAGAGACACGGGACUCAGGCUGAGUCCAACCUGAGUAGUAAAUUCCAGUACUCCAGCAACAAGGAACAGAACGGAGUACAAGAUCCCCAGCAUGAGAGAAUUAUUACUGUGUCUACUAAUGGAAGUAUUCACAGCCCGAGGUUUCCUCAUACUUAUCCAAGAAAUAUGGUCUUGGUAUGGAGAUUAGUAGCAGUAGAAGAAAAUGUUUGGAUACAGCUUACAUUUGAUGAGAGAUUUGGGCUUGAAGACCCAGAAGAUGACAUAUGCAAGUAUGAUUUUGUAGAGGUUGAAGAACCCAGUGAUGGAACUAUUUUAGGACGCUGGUGUGGUUCUGGUACAGUGCCAGGAAAACAGAUUUCUAAAGGAAAUCAAAUCAGGAUAAGAUUUGUAUCUGAUGAAUAUUUUCCUUCUGAACCGGGGUUCUGCAUCCACUACAACAUUGUCAUGCCACAAUUCACAGAGGCCGUGAGCCCUUCAGUGUUACCCCCUUCAGCUUUGCCUCUGGAUCUGCUUAAUAAUGCUGUCACCGCCUUUAGUACCUUGGAAGAUCUUAUUCGGUAUCUUGAACCAGAUAGAUGGCAAUUGGACUUGGAAGAUCUAUACAGGCCAACUUGGCAACUUCUUGGCAAAGCUUUUGUUUUUGGAAGAAAAUCCAGAGUGGUGGAUCUGAACCUUCUAAAAGAGGAGGUAAGACUAUACAGCUGCACACCUCGUAACUUCUCGGUGUCCAUAAGGGAAGAACUAAAGAGAACCGAUACCAUUUUCUGGCCAGGUUGUCUCCUGGUUAAACGCUGUGGUGGAAACUGUGCCUGCUGUCUCCACAACUGCAAUGAGUGUCAGUGCGUCCCGAGUAAAGUCACUAAAAAAUACCAUGAGGUCCUUCAGUUGAGACCAAAGAGUGGUGUCAGGGGAUUGCAUAAAUCUCUCACAGACGUGGCCCUGGAGCACCACGAGGAGUGUGACUGUGUGUGCAGAGGGCACACAGGAGGAUAACCGCAUCAGCACGCACAGCCUCUCUCUCCCAGAGCAGUACAGCUCAGUGGCUGAUCUGUUAGAGAACUUGCGCAUUAUCUCCAUCCGUAAUCUCAGUUGUUUGCUUCAGGGACCUUUCAUCUUCAGGAUUUACAGUGUAUUCUAAAAGAGGAGACACCACACGGAAUUAAAAGUUGUGCAACGGCUCUUUUGAGAGGAGAGGCCCGAAUAACAGGAGUAAAGGUCUUUGGUCCUGGAAAAAAAAAUGAAUGUUGUGCAUCACUAGCUAGUGACAGAGUUGCCUUGUGCUUACUCAGCUAGCUGUGUUCCGUAUUUCAGCUGUCUCCAUGCGGCUUAGGCUAAUGUCAGUACGGGGGAAAAACUGUGCGAUGAGCACCUGAUUCUGUUGCCUUGCUUAACUCUAAAGCUCCAUGUUCUGGGCCUAAAAUCACAGAAAUCUGGAAUUGUUUCCUUACAUUCACAUAUAUAAACCAGAGUGUUCUAUGUCCUACAACCUUGGUUUUUAAAAAGGAAGGGUGUUACGAUAAAUCAAACUUGUGUCAUGCUGACAGGAAAGACUGGAUUUUCCAUAUUUCUUACUAAAAAUUCCACCAUUUAGAAGAAGAGAACUCUGGAAGAGACAAACCUGAAGAGUGGCCUUAUCUUCACUUUAUCUACAAGUCGGUUUAUUUGUUUUAUCGUGUACAUUUUUAUAUUCUCCUUUUGACACUAUAACUGUUUGCUUUUCUAAUCUUGUUAAAUAUAUCUAUUUUUACCAAAGGUAUUUAAUAUUCUUUUUUAUGACAACCUAGAUCAACUAUUUUUUAGCUUGGUAAAAUUUUUCUAAACAGAAUUGUUAUAGCCAGAGGAACAAAGAUGAUAUAAAAUAUUGUUGCUCUGACAGAAAUACAUGUAUCUCAUGGUCAUACGGUGCUAGAGCUUAGAUUGAUCUGCGUUUUAAAAUAUUGAAGUGGGAAAUCAAUAGGAUUUGAUAAGUUGCAAAGACUUGGAAAAUAAAUUAUCAUAUCUUCUACCCCUAUUAUUGGAAAUGCAAAUAAAAAGCAACCUAUGAAAGUUAGGCAUUCAGAUUCAGAAUCAACUACUAACCCCUAACCCUUCUUUUGGUUAAUGUGAGCCUAGCUCAGAAGAAUAUAAAGCACCUUGAAGAAAGACUGGACAGCUUACUGACAAAGCGCACUCUGCUAUCCUGUAGGAACACAUCCUAUUUAUUGUGAUGUUCUGGUUUUAUUAUCUUUAAACUCUGUUCCAUACCCUUGUAUAAAUACAUGGAUAUUUUUAUGUACAGAAGUAUAUCCCGUAACCAAUUCACUUAUUGUACUCUUUGGCAAUUGAAAUGAAAAUCAGUAAAUUACUUUGCUUGUACAAUGCUUAAUAUCGUGCCUAGGUUAUGUGGUGACUAUUUGAAUUAAAAACGUAUUGGAUCACCAAAUAAAAAAAAAUGUGGCUAUUUUGGAGAUAAA